AUGGCUGCAGCACACCAGGGGAACUUGACUGGCGCGGGCUCUCAGGAUGCGGGCGCCGCCCCUCUGGUGUCCUUAGUCUCUCAGCUGCCACCGGCAUAUGAGGCGCGUUCCCCCAGACAGACAGACGGGAGACUCAAGAUCCACAAAAUCCCCAGAAUCCUGCCAUGUCAUGUUGUCCAAUCCCCCAGCCCGCCCCUUUCCGCAGUCAGCGGCCCGGUGCCGGCGCUGCCCGCGCGGCCGCCACUGCCAGAAUUCACCCCUACGCCGUCGGCUGCGCCUCCUGUGCUGUCGGCCCCGGCCUUCAACCUCACCACAGGGCUACCCCAGGAGUCCACCCCUGCCUCACCCCAUCCAGCACCUGCUCGCAGCUCACAGCAGCCGCCCAGCAGCCCUCCUCCCCCGCCGCCGCCUUCCCCUCCUUCUGUGCCGCCACCACCGGCAGAAGGACCGCGAUUGGCGCCGCCGCCGCCCUACACAUCUCCCCCACCCUCGCCGCCGCCGUCGCCGCCCCCCGCAGUCCCCCCACCGCCGCCACCGGCAAUUCCCCCUCCGCCACCGCCACCACCGCAGGGGCCCACGCAGGGGCCGUCAUACGCGCAGACACCGAGCGCCAGCAGCCCAAGCGUUGGGACUAUCGGCUAG